AGGCCCCAGCCUCCCCGUUGCCGUGGUUACCAAGAUUAGGCCGCAAGCCGGAGAAGGAAGAACGAACGAAAAGCGGGAGGCGGUGGGACAUCGAUUUCCGUUUCCGGUUGCCCUUCCGUCCCGCUUCCGGUAUUCUCAGCGAAGAAGACCCGGUGGAUAUCCAGUUCUGUAUGGAUCAGAAGCUGCCGACCUCUAACUCCUGGAUGUAGAAAACGGUUGUGCCUAAAGAUGGCCAAUCACCUGAAAUUUGUUGCCCGCACAGUGAUGGUUGCCAAUGGAAACGUGGAGGCUGCUUAUCGAGUGCUCAACAGGGUCCUGACGAUGGAUGGGAUUGUCGAAGAGGUCAAACGACGCCGGUAUUACGAGAAGCCCUGCCGCAAGAGGCAGCGGGUAGCCUACGAGACAUGCCGGAGGAUCUAUAACAUGGAAAUGGCCCGGAAGAUCAGCUUCCUCAUGCGGAAGAAUCGGGUGGACCCUUGGCUUGGUUGCUAGGCUGGGAGACUUGUGGGAAUGGAGCUUUCUAUAGCUUUGGCCUCCGACCACUGGAGGGCGCUCUGAGCAGAGUCGAGUUGGCGGAGGAGACUGAGCCCCCUUCUACCACUUCACUGGGAUCUCUGUAGGACUGGCAGUUCCCUUUUAUGGAUCCAAAGUAUUGGCAGAUGUCAAUAAAAUAUUAACAUGCUGACUUA